AUGGUUUCAGCCCUACGUCCAGUGCUAAACAUGCGCAAACCAGGACACCAGGCCGAUCCUCAAUACCGGUCCUCCACCCACGCUUUGAGAAGUGAUACCAUCCGCAAAGAUAACCCUCACAACAUGGCCCAAGUCUUAAAAAGUCAAUCAAACACUAGUAAUGGCGUCGCUGCCGGCCCAGGUCCAGCAACGGUUGGCGGCAACAAGAAGAAGGCAAAACGCAGAGCCAAGCUGGCUGCAAAACAGCAGGCUACCGAGCAGGCGCAUGCUGAGUCCAUGCCAUCAGACUACCCAGAUCCUGAUCUAGCGGAGCCUGAGCAUUACGCCGAGAUAGAUAGCCAAUACUAUUCUGAUGACGACGAAGCCUUGAACGGUCAUGCAUCAAACGCAACAGGUUCUAAAGUCAAACGUAAAACGAGGUCUAAUUCUUUACAUAACCAUCACCACCACCAUAAUCACGCGCCUCCGCCUCCACCGCCGCCGUUUCCACAGACAGCGCUCAGGUCUGUCUCCCACAGCAUUCACACCCGUGAUAAAAUAUGGAACACUUCAACCCAAGAAGAACGUGAGAACAUUAAGGCGUUCUGGCUGUCGCUGGGUGAGGAUGAGCGCAAGUCCUUGGUUAAGAUAGAGAAAGAGGCUGUCUUGAAAAAAAUGAAGGAACAGCAGAAACACAGCUGUAGUUGCACGGUCUGUGGCAGAAAGCGUACAGCAAUCGAAGAAGAGCUGGAAGUACUAUACGAUGCAUACUACGAGGAAUUGGAGCAGUACGCACAUCUACCACAUGGUUCUACCGACGGUGCACCCAUGCUUCCACCAACUCGCCGGUUCGCAAACCCGCUGGCUCGACACCCUCCAGAUCGUAUGCCUCAUCUUCAGCACGCCCAUACACAUUCUCAUGACCGGACAGAGCUGGCAGAUGAUGGAAAUGAGGAUGAGGAAGGGGGGAAAUCAGACGAGUACAGCGACGAUGACGAUUAUGAAGGAGAUGACAUUAGUGAGGAGGAUAUUGAAGAGAUUCCUCGGGGCCAGGCCGACUUCUUCAAUUUUGGCAAUAGUCUAACUGUGAAAGGUGGCAUCCUGACUGUGGCAGACGAUCUCCUCAAGAAUGAUGGCAAGAAGUUCAUCGAAAUGAUGGAACAACUAGCCGAGCGCCGUAUGCAGCGAGAAGAGCAGGCGCAAUUCAGAUCAGACCCACAUUUGACCCAUAGCCAUAACCAUGGUGAUUUACCCGAUGACGAUGACUACGAAGACGACGAGGAAGAGUACGACGAAAGUGAAGGGGACGAAUAUGAGGAAGAAGAGAUGGUUAGCAGUAUUACCAAUUGUAGUGAACGACUAUUGACCCUUACUCAGGAUGCGAUGACCGAAGAGCAAAGAAUGGAGGAAGGUCGCCGCAUGUUCCAGAUAUUCGCUGCGCGAAUGUUCGAGCAGCGAGUAUUGACGGCAUACCGCGAAAAAGUAGCUCGGGAGCGUCAGCAAAAGCUGCUUGAGGAACUCGAAGAUGAAGAACGACAAGGUGUGCAGCGGGAAGCGAAGAAAGCCCGAGAUGCGCAGAAAAAGAAAGACAAGAAGGCCCAGCAGAAACAAGCAAAGGCAGAAGAGCGAGCUCGCAAGGAGGCUGAAAAGGCUCAGGAGGAGGCUGAAGCUAGGGCAUUAGAAGAGAAGAAAGCCGAGGAGCAGCGCAGGCGAAAGGAGGAGCAGCGUAAAAAGAAGGAGGCGGAGAAGAAAGCCCAGGAGGAAGAACGCGCCCGCAAGGAGCAAGAAAAACAAAGACGUGUUGUGGAGCAGAGAGAACGGCAACAAGAGGCUGAGCGGAAAGUUCAAGAGCAAAAGGCUCUAGAGAGGAGAGCCCGGGAAGAUGCCAAGCGCCGCGAGAGAGAGGAACGGGAAGCAAAGGAGAAAGAAGCGAAAGAAAAGAAAGCACAUGAUGAAAAGUCUAGACGUGACCGCGAUUCGAAAUUAAAGACUGAAAAAGAGGCCAAGGAUCGGGCGCGUAAGGAGGAAUCAAGUAUCCAACAUGCACCAGCAGCACAAAGUGGCACGACGGCAUCGAAGCGGAAUGUACAAACAGUACCGGUGGCCUUACCUCCAGGUUUACUACCAAGACAGCCGCCUGCGAUGGCAUCUCCUCAAGUUCCGAUUGCAACACCUGCCCUUCCUAAAGCUCCGACGCCUAUCAAGCCAAGGCAGCCGUCACAACAAGGGUCUCAUGGCUCUUCGCCAAAGACGCCGCAUGUUUCAAUCGUUCCAAGCAAGUCAACCUCACCAAGCACGAUAGCAAGCACUGGUAUACCCAAGCAGCUCCUCACUCGGCCUUCACAACAUCACGGAUCUAGUACACAGAGUACACAAUCAUCGUCACCUUCGCAAUCACUUGGUCCACCUGGAAUAAAUCAUCAGCAUCUUAACCACGGAUUCGGAGGAGCAAUGCCACCGGGUUUGAAUGGCUUCAUCACUCCGUCUCCCCUACUACCCAACAUGGGUCAACGAGGUCCUGGCCCGGGCAUGCCUCCGAUGUUUCCAAUGCAUCAUCAGAAUCCUAUCCCAUCCCAGUUUCGAGGCCUUGGGCCCCCGGGACCGGGAAUGCCACCUCCACCGGGUAUGGGAGGGCCAGGAAUGAUGCCACCGCAUGGUCAAGGCUACGGACUAAACGCUCCACCUGGAUUUCCUGCUCCUAUCCCUGGAAUCGGAAUGCCGAUGCCCGGUCCAGGAUUUCGAGAAGGUCUACCAUCCCAUUCACGACAGGCUUCUGGAACAAUGGACAGCUUCAAUGGCGUGCCCCAUGUUGAUGAUAUCCCUCACGGUGGAUACCCUCCGAAUCCGAUCGCGAGACCAACUCCAAUUCAGCGUCCUUCGAGUGUAAAGCCCCGAGAAGAUCGGCCUAACAACAGUACAGAAGUUGACGACCUAAGUAAUCAUCUUGGUAGCAAAGCCUUGUUGGAUGAUACCGAUGACCCAAACGAAACCCUUGCACCGAAUGAUGUCGAUUCACGGCGCAGUAGCAUACCACAGGGAGUUUCAAGAAUGCCCUUCGGAAGUGCACCAAAUGGAUCGAUGUUUCCAGUUCCGAAUAGGCCUAGAGUAGAAUCUUUUGGACUUGGCGGCCCCAGCGGAGCCAGCAACAUGUGGAGUACACCCACAGGUUUUGGUCCAAUGUCUGCUCCUGGUCUACCUUCUGCAGGUGGAUGGGGAAGUUCUCCGACAGGACGAGGGCUCCCGUUUGGCUUUGGUGCUUCGAGACCUAGUCUUCCAUAUGCCGUGUCGCUUCGAUUGAGAGCGAUACAAGCUUAUAGGGAUCUGAACGCGUCAAAGUCCCAAUACGAGCACUGUGAGCUUAACGAAAUCCUUCAACGAAUCAACUCAAACCCCAAUGAAGCACCGACUACUCCAAAUGAUCUAAAGGCUGUUCUUGAGACAGAAGGCGAUAACACUAAUGGAGGAGGUCUCUUCCAUUUUCACCCGUCUGGCUCACGUCUAUUCGUCACGUUCGAAGAGGGGCUUGAUCUCGCAAGGAAGUCUGGAGUAGGGGAGAUUGGUAGCCCUAUCCAAGGCCACAGCAUCCCCCACAACCCAUUCAACGUGCCUAUUGGUAACCGGCCGUUCCCCAACCUAGGCCCCUCAUGA